UUCCUCCUCCCUGGAAUCCUCCCCUCCUCCCAUACAAGGCCUAGCUCCCUUCUGCCUUUACAAACGGCCUCACUUUAAAGAAGAAAAAAAAAUAAGAAAAGAAAGCAGUUUAUUAACUAAUUCUAUUUAUCGAUUAAUUUCUCCACCAUGAAUAUAUUUAGGUUCUUGGGGGAUAUUUCCCAUCUCUGUGCUAUCAUCAUUCUACUACUGAAGAUCUGGAAAACCAGGUCCUGUGCUGGUAUUUCUGGGAAGAGUCAGAUUCUUUUUGCUGUUGUAUUCACCAGUCGAUAUCUAGAUCUGUUCACAAACUAUAUCUCAAUCUACAAUACGUCCAUGAAGGUUGUGUACAUCGGAAGUUCUUAUGCUACUGUCUGGAUGAUUUACAGCAAAUUCAAAGCAACAUAUGAUGGUAACCAUGAUACCUUCCGUGUGGAGUUCCUCAUUGUUCCGACUGCGAUUUUGGCAUUUUUGGUUAAUCAUGACUUUACCCCUCUAGAGAUCAUGUGGACUUUCUCAAUCUAUUUGGAGUCUGUUGCUAUUCUGCCACAGCUUUUCAUGGUUAGCAAAACAGGAGAAGCAGAAACCAUAACCAGCCAUUAUCUCUUUGCUUUGGGAAUCUAUCGUACUUUGUACCUCUUCAAUUGGAUCUGGCGCUAUUGGUUUGAAGGAUUCUUUGAUCUCAUUGCUAUUGUUGCUGGACUGGUUCAAAGCAUACUUUAUUGUGAUUUCUUUUAUCUAUACAUCACCAAAGUUCUAAAGGGAAAGAAGCUCAGUUUACCAGCAUAGAACAAACAUACCCAGGAUUCCCUCUUCUGUAGUGUGUAAUCAAGUUUCAACAGAGAGGACGAGAAAUGAAAAAAGGGAGACCUGCAGCAAAAUUACAGGACAAUUACAAUACUGUGUGUGGGGGGGGGAGGGGUUUCUGUAUUCUAUUGUUCCUUGAGCAUAUUAUACAAGGAAAAAGAUUUCCAAAAGACCCUGUGCUACUAUAAAGUUGACCUUUUGACAUUUUUGUAUAGGGGCUGAUUUCCGAUAUGAACCAACCGUUUUGUUAUUUGCGCCUUUAUAAACAAUUCAUUUUUUGUUUCCGUGCUGUAUUUUCGCUGAGUAGAUUAUUUUUCUUGCAUCAUGAAUCCUUCAGCUAUACUGGAGAUGUUAGAAAUUGAGAAACACACACAUUUCUGUAACUAAACUUUUUACAAUUAUUAUUUUUUUUUUUUUAAAUAAUUAAAGCUAUCCGGGACUGUGUGGAUGGGCAUGGUCUUGAUUUAGUAACCACUUCAUGAGAUUUCAUACCUUUUGAUAACUUACAGGUAUUUAAUAAAAUUCUGAGUUGAUUGUAUUGAGUACUUUAUAGGGUUAUUGUGCGUUUUACACAUGAACAAUAUAAAAAAUUAUUGCACUAAAA